AUGGGUUUUGAGCCACUGGUUUGGUUUUGCCGGCCGGAGGAAAAUGGCAUUUGGGCAAAGACAACCGCUAGUGCUCUUGGUGCUUAUACACCGUGUGGCAUUGAAUCAUUUGUGGGUUGUAUAUCGAAUGUGGUUUUGAUGGGGUUGUGCUUAUACAGAUUAUGGUUGAUCAUGAGAGACUUUAGGGUCCAGAGGUUUUGCUUACGCUCAAAGUACUAUAACUAUAUGUUGGCCUUUUUAGCAGGUUAUUGUGCUUCAGAGUCCCUAUACAGGUUACUCUUCGAUGUUUCGAUGUUUGAAUUUGAUGUACAAAGUAGCCUUGCUCCAUUUGAGGCAGUUUCACUAUUCCUUGAGACCCUUGUUUGGAGCUGUUUGGUGAUUAUGGCCCUUUUGGAAACUAAAGUGUAUAUUAGAGAGUUCCGGUGGUAUGUCCGCUUUGGUGCACUUUAUGUCUUGGUUGGGGAUACUGUGAAACUUAGUCUCAUUCUUUCAGUAAAAUAUUUAUACCCAAGCUCUGUACUUUAUGCGUACAUCAGUUCAUUGCUUUGCCAGGCUUUAUUUGGAGUAUUUCUUCUUUCUUACAUACCAAAUUUGGAUGCCUACAUGGGUCAUAUACCACUUCAAACAGACCCUCAUGAUGACAUCAAGUAUGAAGUGCUUCAUGGAGGAGAACAUAUUUGCCCUGAAAGGCAUGCCAACAUAUUUUCAAGAAUAUAUUUUGGAUGGAUGACUCCCCUUAUGGAGCAGGGGUACCGAAAGCCUAUAACAGAAAAAGAUGUUUGGACAUUAGAUACGUGGGAUCAGACAGAGACACUGAGUAGGAAGUUCCAAAAAUAUUGGGCUGAUGAAUCUCACAAGUCAAAACCGUUUCUCUUACGCUGUCUGAAUAACUGUGUUGGAGGAAGGUUCUGGUUUGGUGGCCUUUUCAAAGUUGGCAACGAUCUUUCCCAAUUUGUGGGACCAGUUAUAUUAAACUAUCUUCUACAGUCUUUGCAACGAGGUGAUCCUUCAUGGAUAGGCUACAUCUAUGCCUUCUCAAUUUUUGUUGGUGUGUCAUUAGGAGUUCUCUGUGAAGCUCAAUACUUUCAGAAUGUUGCAAGGACCGGUUUCCGUAUAAGGUCAAUUUUGGUGGCUGCUGUGUUUCGAAAAUCCUUAAGGCUGACCCAUGAAGCACGAAAGGAUUUCCCAUCUGGUAAAAUUACAAAUAUGAUAACCACAGAUGCCAAUGCACUCCAGCAAGUAUGCAAUCAACUUCAUGGGUUAUGGUCAGCCCCAUUUAGAAUUGUUCUUUCCAUGAUUCUUCUUUACCAACAAUUAGGGGUUGCUUCACUUGUGGCUUGUCUGCUUCUGAUUCUCAUGUUCCCUGUACAGACGAUGAUUGUGAGCAAAAUGCGGAAAUUAUCCAAGGAAGGCUUACAGUACACUGACAAAAGAGUGGGGCUAAUGAGUGAAAUAAUGGCGGCAAUAGAGACUGUAAAAUGUUAUGCAUGGGAGCAGAGUUUCCAAACAAAAGUUGAAACUAUCAGGAAAGAUGAGCUUCUAUGGUUAUGGAAAUCACAAUUUCUGGGAGCGUGCAACAAUUUUAUACUCAACAGCCUUCCGGUUCUUGUGGCGGUGAUUUCAUUUGGUGUCUUCACUUUGCUUGGUGGAGAGUUGACACCUUCAAGGGCUUUCACAUCACUUUCCUUAUUUACAGUGCUUCGAACUCCUUUAAACACGCUUCCUAAUUUAAUAACUCAGGCUGUGAAUGCAUACGUAUCGUUACAGCGUUUAGAGGAACUAUAUUUAGGUGAAGAAAGAAUUCUGUUACCCAAUCCACCUCUUGAACCGGGGCUUCCUGCAAUUUCCAUAAAAAAUGGCUACUUUUCAUGGGACCCGAAUGCCACAAAACCAACAUUAGCAGAUAUAAACAUAGAUAUACCAGUUGGCAGUUUAGUUGCAAUCGUAGGUGCUACAGAGGAACCGCUGCCUAUGUCCCUCAAAUUUCUUGGAUAUUCAAUGCUACAGUACGUGAAAACAUAUUAUUUGGAUCAAAGUUUGAAGCUUCACGAUAUUGGAAGACUGUACAAGGUCGUGAUCUCACAGAGAUAGGUGAAAGAGGAGUGAAUAUCAGUGGUGGACAAAAGCAAAGAGUCUCAAUGGCUAGAGCAGUGUACUCAAACUCAGAUGUCUACAUAUUUGAUGACCCAUUGAGUGCUCUAGAUACUCAUGUUGGUCGAGAGGUCUUUGAAAGGUGCAUCAAGGAAGAGCUGCGAGGGAAAACAAGGGUGCUUGUUACAAACCAGCUUCAUUUUCUUCCUCAGGUGGAUACAAUUCUGUUGGUCUCAGAAGGUAUGGUCAAAGAGGAAGGAACUUUUGAAGAGCUCUCGGAAAGUGGGUUACUAUUUCGGAAGUUAAUGGAAAAGGUGGGUGGAAUGGAUGGAAGUGGAACCACUGAAUGCACAACCAAUACAUCCUCAAAACCAUAUUCUGAUCAUGAUCACGACUCAAUAAAUGAUCCAACAACCAUUACACCCACAUCAUCAAAAAAGAAUCAUAAAUCUCUUCUUAUCAAGCAAGAAGAUAGGCAAACCGGCAUUGUUAGCUGGAAAGUUUUAGCAAGGUACAAGGAUGCUUUAGGAGGCCUGUGGGUUGUCAUUAUAUUAUUAGCAUGCUAUAUUUCAACCGAAGUCCUUCGAAUUUCAAGUAGCACAUGGUUAAGUUACUGGACAGAGCAAAGCACUACAACAGCUCGGGGCCCAGCUUUUUACAUUCUCAUCUAUGCCCUCUUGUCCAUUGGACAGGUAUUGGUGACAUUUGCAAAUUCUUUCUGGUUAAUUUCAUCAAGUCUCCACGCUGCUAAAAAACUUCAUGAUACAUUGGUGUAUUCGGUUCUUCGAGCUCCCACAGCCUUUUUCCAAACAAAUCCCCUUGGUCGGGUCAUCAAUCGCUUUGCAAAUGAUAUCGGUGAUAUAGAUCGUAAUGUUGCUAAUCUUGCCAAUACAUUUCUGAAUCAAGUUUGGCAAUUACUUUCCACUUUUGUGCUUAUCGGCAUUGUCAGCACAAUAUCUUUGUGGGCCAUAAUGCCUCUUCUUCUUCUGUUUUACACUGCCUACCUCUACUAUCAGAGCACCUCAAGGGAAGUGAAGCGGUUGGACUCCAUUACAAGAUCUCCUGUGUACGCACAAUUUGGGGAAGCAUUAAACGGUUUAUCAAGUAUCCGUGCUUACAAAGCGUAUGAUCGUAUGGCAAGAAUUAAUGGGAAAUCAAUGGACAACAACAUUAGAUUCACCCUCAUAAACUUUAGUUCCAACCGUUGGCUCACCAUAAGACUAGAAACAUUAGGUGGCAUAAUGAUUUGGUUCACGGCCACAUUUGCAGUGAUGCAAUCGGGAAGAACACAUGACCAAGUAGCUUUCGCAUCCACAAUCGGUUUGCUCCUAAGUUAUUCCUUAAAUAUCACAAAUCUUAUGAGUAAUGUUCUAAGACAAGCAAGUAGGGCGGAAAAUAGUUUCAAUGCGGUCGAGCGUGUGGGCACGUAUAUCGACUUGCCGUCUGAGGCUCCGGAAAUAAUUGAAAACAACCGGCCGCCACCCGGAUGGCCGUCAUUGGGUUUAGUUGAGUUUGAAAAUGUGGGAUUUCGGUAUAGAGAUGGUCUUCCUCCGGUCUUGCAUGGCGUCUCCUUCGCUGUGUCCCCGUCCGACAAGGUUGGGAUUGUUGGAAGGACGGGUGCCGGAAAAUCUACAAUCAUCAAUGCAUUGUUUCGGAUGGUUGAAUUAGAAAAAGGAAGAAUUUUUAUUGAUAAUUAUGACAUUUCCACUUUUGGGUUGAAGGAUUUGCGUAAAGUUCUUGGGAUUAUACCACAAUCACCCGUUCUUUUUUCAGGUACUGUGCGUUUUAAUCUUGAUCCGUUUAAUGAACAUAGUGAUGCGGAUCUUUGGGAGGCUCUUGAACGAUCAUAUUUGAAGAAUGCGAUUUCUAGAAAUGCAUUGGGUUUGGAUGCCGAGGUGUCAGAGGGAGGGGAGAACUUCAGUGUUGGACAAAGACAACUACUGAGUCUUGGUCGGGCGUUGCUAAGGAAAUCAAAGAUUCUUGUUCUGGACGAAGCAACUGCAGCAGUUGAUGUCAGAACUGAUCAUCUUAUACAGAAAACAAUACGCAAAGAAUUCAAAUCAUGCACAAUGCUCAUUAUCGCUCAUCGCCUCAAUACCAUCAUUGACUGCACUCGGAUUCUCGUGCUCCAGAAUGGUCAAAUUGCGGAAUAUGAUACUCCAGAAAGAUUAAUAUCACGUGACGGGGCGUUCUUGAAGAUGGUUCAAAGUACAGGGGCUGCAAAUGCUCAGUAUUUACAGGACAUUGUACUAGGCAGAGAAGGAAAUAAACAAGUUCACAAGUGAUUGCUGACAUUAUCUGAUGAGCACAAAUUGGUCUGGAAGGAUAUAUAGAUAUUAUUAGAUCACAUUGAAACUCAUGGUGGAAACAAUAUUGGUGCAGCAGGAGAAGAAAAGACAGACUCUAGUUAUGUUGGUAAAAGUCAACUAACAAGGACCUUCAAUUCAUUCUACCAUUAGGACACACUUAUUUGUAGGGUAUAUAUGUUGAAAGGGUGUUUUGAUAUACACCUUAAUCUAGUAUAUCGGUCUCAUGCUAUGAAUUAUGUUGGGUUUUGUUCUUCCUAUCUUUUAAACCUCAAAUCUACUCUAAUAAAAGAAUGUUUUUGUUUGCCACAUGUCACACUCCCAAAUAUCAUUUUGUGGUUAUUUUGAAUUAAUUUUUUUUUGCUAUGACAUUUUAUAAGUUUUUCUAUUCUAAUAAAUUCCGUAGAAUAUUUUAAUGUAAUAAUUACAAUAAAUAUAAUAAUAAUGGAUUUAUAUUUUUAUUUCAAAAUUUCCAAAUUAAAGCUCAUUAUUUAUUUUCUUUAUUUAUUUAGAUUUAAAAGAUAUUAAUAAUU